AUGAUACAUUUCAAUUCAGGAUGCAGUUGAAAUCCCAACAAUGUACAAGAAGGGGAAUCUUGUCAGUUGUGAGCUCAGUAUAUGAUCCUAUGGGAUUUAUCGCUCCUUUAACAUUGCCUGCCAAACUACUUCUACAGGAGAUGUGUAGGCAGAGGUUGAGUUGGGAUGAACAAAUACCUCCGGGACUUCAGAGUCAGUGGACCCAUUGGAUUUCUGAAUUGAACAAGAUGGCACACUUUCAAGUAAAUCGAUGUUUCAAGCCUCCAGAUUUUGGAGAGAUAACUGAUGCCUGCUUACAUCAUUUUUCAGAUGCCUGUGAGAAGGGAUAUGGCACAGUUACUUACCUCAAAAUGAAGAACAGAGAUAAAGUGCAUGUGUCAUUUCUUCUUGGUAAAGCCAGGGUAGCACCCCUCAAGCAAGUGACCAUUCCCCGUCUGGAAUUAACAGCUGCUGUGCUUGCUGUUAAGGUAGAUGAAAUGUUGAAGAAGGAGUUAAAGAUUCAGUUAGACAACUCUGUCUUUUGGACCGAUAGCAUGACUGUGCUCAAGUACAUCAAGAAUGAGGAUAAACGUUUUAAGACUUUUGUUGCUAAUAGAGUGUCAUAUGUAAGAGAGAGAACACUGCUUCAGCAAUGGAGAUAUGUUUCCACAAAGGAAAAUCCUGCAGAUGAUGCUUCCCGUGGAAUGCAGAUCAACACCUUUAUACACAGCAAAAGAUGGAUUGAGGGUCCCAGUUUCCUUUGGAGAACAGACGACUAUCAGAUGUCUCCAAUAGAGGAAAGCAUAAUUCCAUCAGAUGAUCCAGAAGUCAAACAAGAUAUUAAGGUAAAUGCUGUCAUCCUGCAGGACAAACAAAAUGCCACUAGCCAGUUCAUCUCUUAUUUUUCAGAUUGGAAGAGACUUAAAGUUGCAAUUGCUUGGAUUCUUAAGUUGAAGAAGCUAUUAAGGAAGUUAUGUCUCAAAAGAAAGGAGUUAUUGACUACAAAUGGCACUGCACUUGGCACUUCUAAAUCCUCCAUGGAUGCACAAAUGAACAUGUUCAAAACAACUCUGGAUAAACAGUCAUUGUCAUUGGAAAAUCUCUUAGAAGCUGAAAUGGCUAUUGUUUGUUUUAGUCAACAACAAAAAUUCCAAGAAGAGAUUGAAGCAUUAAAAUGUGGAUCAAGUGGAGUCAGAAAAGGGAGCAGUCUAUAUAGGUUAGACCCUGUCCUGGACAAUGACAUCCUACGAGUUGGAGGGAGACUCCGUAAGGCAGCUAUGCCUGUUCAAACUAAACAUCCCAUCAUACUACACAAAGAUCAGCACAUUUCACGUCUUCUACUUCGUCAUAUUCAUGAACAACUAGGUCAUUGUGGGAGAAAUCAUAUGCUGUCUAAACUGAGACAAAACUACUGGAUUACAAAUGCUAAUGCGGCUGCUAGAAAGGUAAUUUCUAAAUGUGUAGUCUGCAAGCGUUUCAGAGGAAUGGCAAGUGAGCAAAAGAUGGCUGAUCUUCCCCUUGAACGAAUAACUCCUGAUCAUCCACCAUUCACAAAUGUUGGAGUAGAUUAUUUUGGCCCCAUCGAAGUCAAAAGAGGUCGUACUAAUGUAAAACGCUACGGAGUCAUCUUUACAUGUAUGGCAAGUAGAGCAGUGCACCUCGAGGUGGCUUAUUCACUAGACACUGAUGGAUGUAUAAAUGCUUUAAGGAGAUUCAUUUCUCGAAGAGGUCAAGUUGUACACAUCAGAUCAGACAAUGGGACUAAUUUUAUUGGUGCCAACAGAGAACUAAAGGAAGCUAUCUCUGCAUGGAAUAUUCACCGAAUUGAAAGGGAAUUACUUCAAGCAGGAGUUCAGUGGAAUUUUAAUCCACCAUCAGGUUCCCAUUUUGGAGGCGCAUGGGAGCGCAUUAUUCGUAUGGUCAGGAAUAUUCUAUGUUCUGUACUUCGCCAGCAGACUUUGGAUGAUGAAUCCUUCCAUACUAUUCUGUGUGAAGUGGAAUCUAUUUUAAAUGACCGUCCUAUUACAAAGUUAUCUGACGACCCCAACGAUCUUGAAGCUUUAACUCCGAACCAUCUUCUACUCAUGAAAGGCAAGCCUGCUUUACCACCUGGUCUGUUUGAAAAGGCAGACAUGUACGUAAAAAGAAGAUGGAAGCAGGUACAAUAUAUAGCUGAUCUUUUUUGGAAAAGAUGGCUGCGUGAGUAUCUACCUCUUCUACAAGGGCGUCAAAAGUGGACAAAGGAAAGACCAAGUCUUAAGCCUGGGGACAUUGUACUUUUACUGGACCAAGCUGCCCCACGUGGUUCAUGGCCACUUGGCAGAGUACUGGAAACUUUUCCAGACGAAAAGGGACUUGUGCGUACAGUUAAGAUUAAAACCAAGAGCAGUGUUCUAGAAAGGCCUAUAAGAAAACUGUGUCUUCUUUUAGAUUCUAAUGACUGAUUUGAAUGGUGUGUAGCCAUAUACUGUUUUUGUAAAAGGUCAUGAAUUUGAAAGUAAUUCAUAAUUAAAAUGUCUCCUUUAUGUGAGUUUGUAAUUAUUAUGUUAUGCUUCCAUAAUUAAUUAAGGGGCCGGUGUGUAGGAGCCAUUUUGUUGAUGUCCACUAGGUGGCACUUGGUGACCUAUAUAAUUAAGCACAAGUCUAAUUACUGACAGGUGUGUAGUUGGGGAGGAAGCAUACGGUUUUUUACCGUGACAACUGGUAGCGUGCGGGGAGAUAAGUGACUUUGUUUGUCUUUGAUGAUAUGGCGUUUUUGAAGAUAUGGAUUAUACAUUGCUGUUCAUGAAGAAUGUUUUGGAUGAAGCAAUAAAGAGCUGUCUUUAAUCUUAUUCCUGACUGCAUGGACCUUUUAAUCACGCGUCAAAAGCCUUCUACAUUCCCCAACGUUACAGCUUAUUGGAAGCCGU